AUGAUACUCCGUCCCCUUGUUGCUUUGGUCGCGUACAGCGCUUUUAUCGCCAGCGUUUCUGCAGCCCAUCUCGUUAAGAGGGACGACGACAUUUCAUGCGACGGAGACAAGUGUAUUGCUUUCUACAGUACUGGUAGCGCACAGUGUUCCUCUGGCUACACGAGAACUCAUCUGGAGGCCGACGGUUACGCGCCCGGCUCCUACUGUGAGAGAGAUUGUACAGACAGCGAAGAGAAGUCUUGCGCCGCAAGGCAAUGUACGGACUGGGAGAAUGAGUGCAACAACACUCCUAAAGCCAAAGGCAUUUGCAAAGAUGCUCUCAAGUGGUGCGAUGGUCCGGUGGCGAUGAGCAAGCUCAUCUGCACGGAUACGAUCAUGGGACAAGCUGUGAAGUAUGAGAAGGACGCGUGUUUUCCCGCGGACAAGUCCCUGGAUUCGCGUCCUUACCACGCGGCCGUACGAGGACUGGGGGGCCGGUUCAUCGCUGAUGUCAGGGACGAAAAAAAGAAGGACGGUCACGUCGAGUACGUUUGUGAGCCAGUCCACUACUCCGACGGCAAGAGCAUGGCGACAGACCUUGUUACGAAAUACGACGCCUGCAAGACUGUUUUCGAUGAAGACGACAAUGACUCCGGGCGCGACUUUGUGAGAGUGGAUUGCAGCAAUAUCCCCGAGGCCCAGUGGCCGCAGGUGAAGAGCCUUCUCAACGCCAGUUGCAAGAAGGCUAAGCCGUGGAAUGGCAAGAGCGCUCAUUUUCAACAGGAUAACUUCCACUGA